GAUCCUGUUUGAUGAAAUUUCAUUUAAAUCAUUCAAAUUUGUAAAUAUACACAAAAGUAUAACAAACAUUAUCGAUUCUCGAAGAGGUGGAAAACCUGUCACACAGCAUAAAAAAUGUUUUUAGCAAAUGGCAACACUGUCAGUCAAUGCCAAACAGCCAAACCGAACAAAGAUCUGAGAUAUCGAGAAAUUUUUUAUUUUUCUUUUCGGAAAGUCAGUGCAAUUCUGUAAAUAUUAUUGUAUUAAUUUUACGGGGAAUGCUCAUAGUACAGUUUGUGAUACUCUUUGGUGCGAUGUAUGAACUGAGUCAUGUUAAUUAGUGAUUACUGCAGUGGACUCAGCGGCGCGAAAUCGUUCAAUAUGGCCGCCGGAACUGGAACCGUUUCUCAGAUUUGUUUACUGCGGGUCCGGCUGUGUUAUUUUUGUUAGUAGGCAAAGAGUGAUAGUGUAUCAUAUGUGAAGUGGCUAAUUUUUUGAGCAGAUUCGAUUAUUUAUGUGAUCUCCUAUAAUAUAUUAGUUUUUAAGAAGUGCAUUGAAUAAAAAUAAGUGCAUUAGUGAUCAUCUUUUCUUUUUAUAUGGGCUGGUCGAGUCGAGGGUGUUUAGUGAAUAAAAGUUUUUCGUUGAGAGUGCUUCCGUCCCUCGCAAUGUCUCAGCAUGAGCGGUUUGAGCCGCGAUGAGCGCGCCACGGCCGCGCCUGCAGCUGUCGCCGCUGCCGUGCCGCCACUCAUGGGGGUGGAGCGCGUGGUGGGCGUGGUGCCGGGCGGCGGGGGCGGCGCGGAGGCGCUCAACGGCGCCGCCGCGCCGCCCGAGCGCGCGCCCGACGAGCCGCCGCGCAAACGCACCAAGCUCGACGAAGCGCCUUCGCUGCGCAAGCGCGUGCUCGAGUACAAGCUGCUGCGGCUCAAGACACUGCGUGACCGGUACACGGAGCAGCUCAGCGAGCUGUACUUCCUGCAGGCUGGCGGCAACAUGAUGGACUACGCGGCGUGGCGCAAGCGGCCGCCCGCGCCGCAGCUGGUGUCGUUCCUGGAGGCGCGCCGGCCGCCGCCCGUGCCGCCGCCCGAGCCGCUCGCGCCCGACCCGCCGCCGCCCACCGAGAUGGUGGAGAAGGCACGACAAGAAGCGUACGUGGCCGCGCGCGUGGCCGAGCUGGCUCGCGCCGGGCUGUGGGCGGAGCGGCGGCUGCCGCGCGUGUGCGAGCCGCCGCGGCCCAAGACGCACUGGGACUACCUGCUGGAGGAGAUGGCCUGGCUCGCGCAGGACUUCGCGCACGAGCGCAAGUGGAAGAAGCAGGCCGCCAAGAAGUGUGCCCGAGCCGUGCAGAAAUAUUUCCAAGACAAGGCAGCCGCGGCGCAGAAGGCGGAGAAGGCGCAGGAGCUGCAGCUGAAGAGGAUAGCCGCCUUCGCGGCCAAGGAGAUCAGGACUUUCUGGCUUAAUGUCGAAAAGUUGGUGGAGUGGAAGCGGUCGCGGCGCGUGGAGCGCGCGCGCAAGGAGGCGCUGGACGAGCAGCUGUCCAUCAUCGUGGACCGCACGGAGCAGUACUCGCGCCAGCUGGCCGCCAGUCUGCAGCCGCAGCCCGACACGCCGCCCUCCGACGACGAGUUCACCCCGCGAGGGCCCGACAGCGACGACGAGGAGACCAUCGCGCAGGCCGAGCAGGAGGCGCAGCAUGACGCGUCGCACCACCGCGACGAGAUCGAGGCGCUGCGGCGCGAGUCGCGGCUCGCGCUGCCCGAGCUGCUCCCCCCCGGCUACACGCCCGCCGCGCCCUCCCCGCCGCCCUCCCCCGGCUCCUCCGACUACAGCGCCGACGCCGACUCGGCCGACGACGAGGACACCAUCGCCGAGCAGGAGCGCCAAGAGCGCUCCGACCACAAGCAGGAGAUCGACGCGCUGCAGGAGGAGGCCGACCUCGACAUCGAGGAGCUGCGGCGGCGGUACUCGACCGCGCCGCCGCCGCCGCCGCCGCCGCCCGACAGCGACAGCGAGCGCGACGAGAGCGAGCCGGACAGCGACGACUCGGAGUCGGCGUCGUCCUCGGCGAGCGGCGGCUCCGAGAAGCUGGCCACGCUGGUGGACGACCCGGGCGCCGGCUCCGAGCGGCGCGUGGAGGCGGCCGCGUCGCUCGCCGCCACGCUGCAGCCCACCGGCACCACGCUGCAGUCCACGGCCGUGGCCACGCCCGUGCCGCGCCUGCUCAAGCACCCGCUGCGCGAGUACCAGCACGUGGGGCUGCACUGGCUGGCCACCAUGCACGCGCGCGCGCUCAACGGCAUCCUGGCCGACGAGAUGGGGCUCGGCAAGACCAUCCAGACCAUCGCCCUGCUCGCGCACCUGGCGCUCGAGCGGCAGGACUGGGGGCCGCACCUCGUGGUGGCGCCCACCUCCGUCGUGCUCAACUGGGAGAUGGAGUUCAAGAAGUGGUGCCCCGCCUUCAAGAUCCUCACAUACUAUGGGACCAUCAAGGAGCGCAAGCUGAAGCGCGUGGGCUGGACGAAGCCGAACUCGUUCCACGUGUGCAUCACGUCCUACAAGCUGGUCGUGCAGGACCACCAGUCCUUCCGUCGCAAGCGAUGGCGGUACUUAGUGCUCGACGAGGCGCAGAACAUCAAGAACUUCAAGAGCCAGCGCUGGCAGAUGCUGCUCAACUUUCAGACGGACAGGCGGCUGCUGCUGACGGGCACGCCGCUGCAGAACAGCCUGCUGGAGCUGUGGUCGCUCAUGCACUUCCUCAUGCCUGACGUGUUCGCGUCGCACUCGGAGUUCCGCGAGUGGUUCGCGCCGGUGGCCGCGCUCGCGGGCGAGGGCGGCGCCGGCGCCGGCACUGCUGGUUUAGUACGACGGCUGCACGAGGUGCUGCGGCCGUUCCUGCUGCGGCGGCUGAAGGCGGACGUGGAGCGGCAGAUGCCGCGCAAGUACGAGCAUGUGCUGCUGUGCCGCCUCGCCAAGCGGCAGCGCUGCCUCUACGACGACUUCAUGGCGAGGGCCAAGACGAAAGAGAGCCUGGCGUCCGGCAACCUGCUGAGCGUGAUCAACGUUCUCAUGCAGCUGCGGAAAGUGUGCAACCACCCCGACCUGUUCGAGCCGCGCGCCGUCGCCUCGCCCUUCCACAUGGACGCGCUGCGGAUACACGUGCCUGCCGUCGUACUGCUGGAGGAGGUGCGGGAGCGGAUAGCGUGCGCGGCGCGUCUCGGCGGCGACCUCGCCUCCCUCGAAGCCGGCGACGCGGGCGCCUUCGCGGCGCACCGCGCGCGGCACCUGGCGCCGCCGCGCCGCCUGCUGGAGGAGCUGUGCGCCGCGCCGCCGCCCGCGCCGCCGCGCCCGCCCGAGGCCACGCUGCGGAUACAUCUGCGGCUCGUGCCGCGCGCGCUGCCUCCCGCUGCACUAGGUCAGUAUACAGACUAGGGGCGGGCCCCUCGCGGCGCACCGCGCGCGGCACCUGGCGCCGCCGCGCCGCCUGCUGGAGGAGCUGUGCGCCGCGCCGCCGCCCGCGCCGCCGCGCCCGGGGGCGGCGCGGCGGCGCGGCUCGAGGAGCGGCGCCUGGCGUGCCUGCGGCGCCUGGCCGCGGCCAACGAGCGGCGCUGCUGGCGCCUGCCGCUGCUGGGCGCCGACCUGCGCCGCGCCGUGCGCGCGCGCCCGCCGCGCCCGCCCGCGCCGCUGCGCCCGCCCGACCUCGCCGCGCUGCUCGACCGGAUGCACGACGUCAUCGAUAGGUUCAGCGUGUGUUGGCGCGCGUGCGUGGCGCCGGCGCCGGCGCUGGAGGCGGGCGCGGGGCGCGCGGCGCGCGCGUGGCGGGCGGCGGCGGCGGCGGCCGGGGCGGGCGCCGCGCCGCGCGCCGCCGCCGCGCUGGCCGCGCUGCACGCCGCCGCCAGCCGCCAGGCCGUGGCCUUCCCGCACCCGCGCCUGCUGCAGUUCGACUGCGGCAAGCUGCAGGCGCUCGCCCCGCUGCUGCGCCGCCUCAAGGCCGGCGGCCACCGCGUGCUCAUCUUCACGCAGAUGACGCGCGUGCUCGACGUGCUCGAGGCCUUCCUCAGCCUGCACGGCCACGCCUACGCGCGCCUCGACGGCGCCACCAAGGUGGAGCGCCGCCAGGCGCUGGUGGAGCGCUUCAACGCGGACCCGCGCCUGUUCGCCUUCAUCCUGUCCACGCGCUCCGGCGGCGUCGGCCUCAACCUCACCGGCGCCGACUGCGUCAUCUUCUACGACUCCGACUGGAACCCCACCAUGGACGCGCAGGCCCAGGACCGCUGCCACCGCAUCGGGCAGACGCGCGACGUGCACGUGUUCCGGCUGGUGACGCAGGCCACGGUGGAGGAGAACAUCCUGCGCAAGGCCACCGAGAAGCGGCGCCUCGGCGAGCUGGCCAUAGACGACGGCCACUUCACCACCUCCUACCUGCGCGAGGCCAGCAUCAAGGAGCUGUUCGGGUCGGGGUCGGAGGCGGCGGCGGGCGGCGACGUGGAGAGCGCGCUGGCGGCCGCCGAGGACGAGCAGGACGCCGCCGCCGCGCGCGCCGCCCGCGCCGAGCGCCAGGGCGAGCUGGCCGAGUUCGACGAGGCCGUGCCGCUGCGCGACGACGACCGCGCCCGGCCGCGGGACGAGCUCGCCGCGCUCAUGAGCCAGUUGACGCCGAUCGAGAAAUACGCAAUGCGGUGCGUCGAGAGCAGCGAAGCCGGAUGCGAGGCGGAGCGGGAGGCGCUCAGCGCCGUGCGGCGCUCGCUCGGCGACUGGGAGCGGCGCCGCCGCCGCGACGCCGAGCCCGAGCCCUCGCGCUCGCCCUCGCCCGCCGACGCCGACGCCGAGCCCUCGCCCGAGCUCACGUACUCGCGCCGCGACGCCGACACCAAGGUGCGCCCCCGCCGCCGCGCCGCGCCGCCGCCGCCCUCGCCGCCGCCCUCCCCGGGCGAGGACGCGACGGACAAGGCGGGCCCGCGCGCCACGCGCUCGCGGGGAGGCGUGCACAUCGACCUGUGGCGGCUGGACGCGCGCCGCGCCCGCCGGCCCGAGCGGCCCGAGCGGCCCGAGCGGCCCGAGCGGCUCGAGCGGCCCGAGCGGCCCGCGCUGCGCAACGGCACGCUGGACGCGUGGCUGGCCAAGCCGCGCCCGCCCGACCCCGCCGAUCAUAAUAAUACGUGCCUAAAGAGAUGUUCCCCGCAGGUGUGGCUGAGCGGCGGCCGCGGCGCGCGCGCCGAGCGGAUGCCGAUCUGGUGCCCGCCCUCCCCGCCCGCCAGCGACGGCGACGGCGAGCUGUACCGGCCCUCGUGGGCCGGCGCGCUGUACCGCGCCGGGCCCGCGCCCGAGCACGCGCUGCCCGCCCUGCCGCGCGCGCCCGGCCGCGCCGCCCUCGCCGCGCGCGCGCCCGGCCAGCCCGCCGCGCCGCCGCCGCACGCGCGCCUGCCGCGCCCGCCGCGCGCGCCGCCCUCGCUGUUCGAGCGCGCCGGCGCCGGCGCCCGCGUGCGCGUGCGGCCCCGCGCGCCGCCCGACAAGCACAAGGACGCGCCCGCGCCCGACUGGGCGCCCGCCGAGGACGCCGCCCUGCGCCGCGCGCUGCGCCUGCAGCGCCUGCCGCCCGACGCGCCGCCCGCGCGCGCGCCCAACUGGGAGUGGGCCGCCGAGCUCGUCGCCGACGUCGCCCGCGCCUACCGCGCGCCGCGCGCCUGCCGCGACCGCCACGAGCGCCUCGCCGCGCCCGACGAGCGCGAGCGCGAGCGCGACCGCCAGGACCGCCUCGACCGCCACCAGCGCCGCAAGCAGCGCAAGCCGGGCGCGCGCCGCCGCGCCGACGACGACGCGCCGCGCCCGCCGCUCGCGCGCCUCGACGCCAUGCGCGACGCCGCCGAGCGCCGCCGCGCCGCGCCCAAGCGCCGCCUCGACGACGCGCAGCAGCACAACCCCAAGCACGCGCAGCUGCUCGCCGACCACGGGCUCGACUACGACCGCCCGCCGACGCCCAUGGAGGUGGCGUCGCGGCGCGCCGACCGCAUCGCCAAGGAGAAGUCGAAGGCGGCCGGCGCGGGCCCGAGCGGCGCCCCCGCCCCCGCGGCCGCGCCGCCCGCCGCCGCGCCGGCCGCGCCCGCGCCCCCGCCCGCCCCCACGCCGGCGGCGGGCGCGCGCGUGGUGGUGGCGGCGCACGCGGCGGCGGGCAAGGCGGAGGCGGCGCGGCGCGCGCGCGUGGCGGCGGCGGCUGCGGGGGCCGCGGGGGCCGCGCAGCCGCAGCAGCUGCUGUACCGCCACCAGCCGCUGCAGGCCCGACACCACCUCAAGAUCCUGCACCACGCCAAUGCGAGCACGGCACAGGUAGCUAACACUUCGAUUUACCCUCACAGAACAGAACAGGACAUUUACUCGACUCCUUUCGUAAUAAUUAAAUCUGUUAACGGUGGCGCGAGCGCGGGGUCGGCGGGGGAGGGCGCGCUGCGCACGCUGCAGCUGCAGCAGCUGGCGCUGCGCCGCGCCGCGCUGCCGCCGCCGCCUCCACCCCCGCCGCUGCCGCCGCCUCCACCC